UCAAAUCAAAUACUAUAUAUAUAUUAAAAAGUUUUUACUAGUUUUGAGUUAAUAUAUAAUUCAUUCUAAUAAUAAUAAAAAUAAAUCUCUCUUUCUCUCUCUUGGGUUUGAUGUGUCUAUGGCUGGUUUGGAUUUAGGAACAGCUUCACGCUUCGUUCAAAACCUGCACAGACCAGAAUUCAACCUGCAUCACAACCAUCAUCAUCAACAACAUCAUCAUCAUCAUCAUCACCAACAAGAUUCUGAAGAAGACGCCAACAACAACCACCAAGAUCACUAUGAGGAUGAUGCUCCCCACGACCACACGGGUUUGGACCUCGCAACGGCCUCCGCGGGGGAUGUCGUCGCACGCCGUCCUAGGGGUAGGCCGCCGGGAUCCAAGAACAAGCCCAAGCCGCCGGUCAUCAUAACCAGGGAGAGCGCCAACACGCUCAGAGCACACAUCCUCGAGGUAGCCAGCGGCUGCGACGUCUUUGACAGCGUCGCCACCUACGCCCGCCGCCGCCAGCGCGGGAUCUGCAUCCUCAGUGGCAGCGGCACCGUCAAUAACGUCACCAUCAGGCAACCAGCCGCCGCCGGAGCAGUAGUCACGCUCCACGGCAGGUUCGAGAUAUUGUCCCUCUCCGGCUCGUUCCUUCCGCCGCCGGCUCCCCCCGGCGCCACCAGCCUAAGCAUAUACCUCGCCGGAGGGCAGGGACAGGUGGUCGGAGGGAGUGUGGUUGGGGAGUUGAUCGCGGCGGGGCCGGUGAUUGUGAUCGCUUCUUCGUUCACGAACGUGGCUUAUGAGAGGUUGCCUUUGGACGAAGAUGAACAGCAGCUUCCAGGUGGCGGCGGCGGUCAGGGUUCCGGUGGUGGUGGUGGUAAUAGUCCGUUUGGUGACCCGUCCUCAGGGCUUCCUUUCUUUAAUUUGCCGGUGAAUAUGCCGAAUAAUGUUCAGUUGCCAUCAGCAGUGGAUGGGUUUUCACGUCCGCCACCACCACCACCACCACCAUUUUAAUUUGAUUACUAUUGCACUCUUAAUCUAAUUAAUGUGGAUAUUCAAAGUGUUGAUCCAGCAAUUUUUGCAACUGCGCGCCCCUUCAUCAUCAUCAUGUGUAUGCCUUUCUUGAAUUUGAGGUCAGCAAAAUCAAAUCGUGGACUACUACAUAUAUAUAUUUGUUCUUCUUCUUCUUCUUCUUGUUCUUGUAGUGUGGUUUAUUCAGUGAGUCAUGUCAUGUGUACUUUUUUUUUAUCACUUGUUUUAAUUACUUUGUUAUAUGAAUUAAUUAGUGUUUGUCUCAAA